GAGUCGCCCAGGGCGGAAGUGGUCUCUGAACGGUGUGUUAGGACCGGGUAACAUUUAAAUUUGGGCCGUGCUUCCGCUUUCCCAAGGUCUUGCGAGUGUUUGUACUUAGUGGGGUUCGUGCUUUUUACCUUAGAGGUCGAUUUUUCUGGAAGCCACCUGGUGUUGGGACUCCCUAGGGAAAUGGAGACCACGUGGUUAAGGGAUUUCUGCCCCGCCGCCCACGUUGUGUGAGCUGCAAAACACCUAAAGUGGCCUCUUGCUUUCUUGCCGGAGCCGCACACCGUCUCUUUAACACUCUCCUAUCAUGACUUUUCCGAAUUUCUCGCUAUUUCAGCCAGCUAUAGCAGCAGCCAAUAGUCAGAAAAUCGAAGACGGAUCUGAAUUGAAAAUCCAUCUGAUGGAUUCCUAUCUCAACUUUGCAGGAUCUCUGCAAAGCAUUGGUUUCAUUCAUCUCAUGUUCCACUAGCUGGUGAGAGUCCCUGUGGUAAGCCCAACUCCCUGCUUUGAGACGUCCAUCCCCAGUGUGGCCACAGGAACCCAUCCAAAGGUCCAGAGAGGAUCUGGAGACUUCAGACAACGGCGUGAGUUGUCAGGUUGGCCAAAACUUAAGAGAGGAAGAGGAGAUAGCUCCUCUUCAGUGAUUCCCAAAUCUGGCUGUCAGUCAGUCAUUGAGGGGCUUUUAAAAAUACAAGUUGCAGACCAGAGGCCACACGGACAGCCGGCACCAUGUUUGGCUCCAGCCGAGGCGGCGUGCGGGGUGGGCAGGACCAGUUCAGCUGGGAGGAUGUGAAGACUGACAAGCAGCGGGAAAACUACUUGGGAAACUCGCUGAUGGCCCCAGUGGGCCGCUGGCAGAAGGGCCGUGACCUGACCUGGUACACUAAGGGCCGAGCAGAUUGCACGGGGAUGAGUCGGGAGCAAGAGCUGGCGGCCGUGAGGCAGGCAGAGCAAGAGGCACUCAUGGCGGCACUGGGCUACAAGAACGUGAGGAAGCAGCCCACCGGCCUCAGCAAGGAGGACUUUGUGGAGAUCUGCAAGCGUGAAGGAAGUGACCCUGAGGAGAAGGGAGUGGACCGGCUCCUAGGCCUGGGGAGCUCCAGUGGGUCUGCAGGCCGAGUGGCGUUGUCCCGAGAAGACAAGGAGGCAGCUAAGCUGGGACUCCCAGUGUUCACACACCACCGAGUGGAGAGCAGUCGGCCUGGGGCCUCCCCGGCCCGGAAGAAGGCCAGGCCAGAGGAGAAGGAGGAACCGGGCCCCCAGAGUCACAAGAAGAGCAGGAAAGAAAAGAAGAAGAAAAAGAAGCACAAGAAAGAGAAAAAGAGAGAAAAGGAGCACAGGACCAGGGCAGCCUCCUCGCCAUCCCUGGCUCCAUCCGGGGCCCACCAUCGCAGGCACAACUCGGACUCCUCGCCCUGCUGCAAGAGGAGGCGAGGGCAUGACAGUGACUGAGGCCCAGCCCACCAGGACCCUGCCUACCCCACGCAGGCUGGAUCCUCAGAGAAGCCUUUGAGCACAUGCCCUACCAGGCCCCUGUAAGCAAGCAAGGUGUCCAGGUAGCGCCUCACCCCCAGAUGGCCCCAGGCCCACCCAGGGAGGACACACCUGCCUUAGGCUGCAGGAACUGCUACUUCUAUUUUCUUUGUGUUGACUCACCUUUUGUGCUUAAAUAAACUUACUUUUAGCUGAAAAAAAAAAUGCAAGUUCUGGACAACACUGAAGGUUACACACUGGUAACUUACUGAGCACUCAAAGUGUAACAGGCCCUACUCUAGGUCCUGUCCACAAGGUAUCAACUCCUUGAAUCCUCACAAUUCUCUGUGGUGGCUACUACUAUUUUGAGAUGAGAAAAUGGAGGCACAGUGAAGUUCUUGCCUAAGCUUUUGCAGCUAGGGAGUGGCAGAGCCAGGAUUCAGACCAAGGCUGUCUGCCUCUAAGACACACAUCCUUAACUGCUGUCUCUGGGUCAGUUGAGAAUGUGACAUAGGCAGUAUACUUUCUCCUCAUCCACUUUAGAUCUCAGUAUAAAACCAUAUGCUCUAUUCUAAUGAGCUAUUAAAGAGUGUGUGUGUGUGUGUAUAAAUAUAUAAAUACGCCAAUUUUCAGGAGUUAAGGAUGGUAGAGGGCAGGGCAGUAGAUAGAACUACAAAGGGGUAGCCCCAGGGAAGUCUCUGUAGAGUGGGAAAGUUGUGUCUUGAUUGUGGUGUCAUUCACAUGAGUCUACACAUGAUGAAAUGACAAUAUAUGUUGUACCAAUAUCAACUGCCUAUUUUGGUGUACUGUAUUGUUGAAUAAGAUGAACAAUGGGGAAACUGGGUGAUCGGUACACUGGACUGCUCUGUAUUUUUGCAACUUCCUGUGUAUCUAUAAUCUUUUUUCUUUUUUUUAAAUCACACACACCUUUGGCAAGCCCUAAGUCACUUAGAGACCUGUCUCUAUAAGAUUGGCUCAAAGAGAGAUCACAUUUGAAGACAGGCCUGCUAAGGGCAA